UUGAAGUUGACUCUGUUACAAAUAAAGUGCUAAAUAUUUCUUCUUUCUCAUCCACCAAAGUACUUUUUUUUCUCAUUCUUCAACUUCUUUCUCUCAUGGAGCUUUUUUUUUUAAAUGGUUUUAUUUCUUUCUUCUCAUGCACAGAUUUUGGCGGGUGAUGAUGUCGAAGUGGUGAAGGCGGUCUCGCCAGAUGAAGCACCAGAACGAUCAGAUGACCCAGAUCAAGUGGCUCUAGAGUCAGUGGAUCAGGAGGGAGCACCCACACUUCAUUUUCAACAUGGACCUCCGCCUCCGCCAGGACCAAGUGCGCCUAAACUGGCAUCCUUGGGACUAGGCCAGCCAUUUGGACCACCACCACCGCCGCAACUCGCCUAUCAUGGACCUCCGCCUCCACUGCCAAAUCAUCCUCAUGAUCUGGGUCAAGACAAACUCUUCUCUCUGCCUCCUGUGAGCAAUGACCUUUGGUCAGCUCCAGUUCCGGAUAUGCCCAAGAUCAUAUCGCUGGACGUGAAGUGCGAGAAGGGCGGCAUGAAGGUGUUCUUGCAGUUCGACAAACCCUUCUUUGGGAUAGUCUUCUCCAAGGGGCAUUACAGCAAUAUCAACUGCGUUCACUUGCCUGCAGGUUUAGGCAGGACCUCAGCGACUUUCGACAUUGGGAUCCAUGCUUGUGGAACGUCAGGAAAUACCGAGAAUGGCCUGUAUGGCUAUGGAACGGAAUCUGGCUCGGGGACCUACUUUGAAAAUAUCAUUGUAAUCCAGUAUGACCCACAAGUGCAGGAGGUUUGGGAUCAAGCCCGGAAGCUUAGGUGUACCUGGCAUGAUCAGUAUGAGAAGAGUGUGACCUUCAGACCUUUCCCUGUAGAUAUGCUGGACGUGGUAAGAGCAGAUUUUGCUGGAGACAACGUUGGAUGCUGGAUGCAGAUUCAGGUGGGCAAGGGUCCAUGGGCAUCUGAAGUAUCCGGAUUGGUGAAGAUCGGUCAGACUAUGACCAUGGUGUUGGCGAUUAAGGAUGAUGAUAGCAAGUUUGACAUGCUAGUGAGGAAUUGCAUGGCUCAUGAUGGCAAGAGGGCUCCAAUUCAGCUGGUUGAUCAACGAGGAUGCGUCACAAGACCCAAGCUAAUGUCACGGUUUACGAAGAUCAAGAACUUUGGUGCAUCGGCUUCUGUGCUGUCCUAUGCUCACUUCCAGGCCUUCAAGUUCCCUGACUCAAUGGAGGUUCACUUCCAGUGCACCAUUCAGAUCUGUCGGUAUCAGUGUCCUGAGCAAUGUUCAGAUCCUCUUCUUGAUGUUCAUCAUCUAUCUGCUGGUCCUGAACAUCAAUACGGUCCUCCGCCUCCGCUUCCAUUGGACGCCUUCCUGCAUGCAGCUGCCAGGAAGAGGGAUGAUCGUCGCGUGGGGAGAAUUACUCGUUCAACGGAUCCUGAGAAGGAGGUCGGACUCAACCGAGUCAUCCGGGUUGUGUCAUCAGGAGAUCUCACUUUCCCCAUCGACAGUCAGGCCAACGCAACUCAGCAGGAGACCAUGGUGUUCCCAGCACGAGAGGAUGGUCUCAUCUGUAUGACAACGCCCGGUUUCGCGGCCACGCUGGUCGUUCUACUGGGCAUCCUCAUUGUCUCCUGCCUCAUGUCAGCCUUCCUCUGUGUCCGUCUCAGGCCAUUCUCCCUGGCGGCCGAGAAGGCGCGCACAGUGGCCUUUACCAAUCCAAACAUGACCGUCGUUGGUACAAUUCAGCGAGUACCUGCCCCAUCUACGACUAAGAAGCGCUACUGCUUCUACACGUCUUCCUCGUGAAACAUCCUACGAAUUCCAAACAGUCGUUCACCCUCCAUUGUUGUCCCAGAUGCAGACGAAGGAGAAAAAUCAUCAUGUUAAUAUUUGUACCUCAUACGCCACAGAUCAUAGUGCAGACUUUGUGUCUUAUGUUUAAGAAUAUCUUGUUGUAAUCGUUUAUAUUUUAAAACACUAACACUGGUCCAUAUUCCAGGAAGGGCAAUACCCUAAAUUCUAAAAAUCCUUGCUCUUAAAACAAAGGUCUGAAAGUACAGUACGACUCCAAUAGAGUCAACACAUUUGAUUCCUAUAUACCUGUAAUAUUAUAAGUUAUUAAAUUUUGUAGGGUAAGUGUGCCAAAUUCCGGACAGCUUGCAAUUUCGGUCAUCUUUUUCGUUCCUCGAAUUUCCAUGAACUUUUGGAUUUUACGAACUCUACAGAUUAUACAAUGCAAAAGAAUAACAAAAAAUGUAGCUUCGAUAAACUAGAAAAUGUGAAAAGGCAUAAGAAGAAUUCCCCAAGGGCAAGGAACUAUGAGAAUGAAGGUGGCCGAAAUAGGGCACCAAAGCUAUAUCUAUAUUUUUAUUCAUUUUAAAA